AUGUGGUGCAUGCAGUAUUUCAUCAUCCUGUUCCUAGUCCCCUUCCCCCGCGCGCCCAACUUCUUCCUCCUGGCGUAUCUGUUCUGUCUCUUCAUUUCGCAUAAGCCAUGUCUAUACUGCUCACUGGUCAUCUUUGCCCUCCUCGCCUCCUCGUGCAAUUACUACACGCCUGUGAGCGGCGAGGAAGACCGCGGGCGGUGCUGGGUUGAGCUGGAUCCGCAGUUUUUGUUCACGGGGCGGGGGAGGGAGCCGUGGGGGAUGGCGGGGAGUUUGGGGGUUUUGGGGUGA